AUGGCAUUGAAGAAUAAUUCUAGAAGAAACAUUUCAAGUGAUGGAAAACUUGAAUUGAGUUUACAAGAAUUCAAGAAAUGGCUAAAGAGAUUUGAUUUAAACAAAGAUGGGAAAAUAAGCAAAGAAGAACUACGUGAAGCUGUAAUGAAGAAUGGUGGUGGUUGGUUUAGCAAGAUAAAGGGAAGCUAUGGCAUGAGAAUUGCAGAUUCUAAUGGUGAUGGAUUUAUUGAUGAGAAGGAAUUCAAAAAUCUUGUUGAAUUUGCACAGAGGAAUUUAGGUGUUAGAAUUAUCUAA